CCCCCUCUCCGCUCUCCUCCAGCUCCGCCUCCGACGCGCGCACGCCUCUCCCUCCCCUCCUCCUCCGCCUCGCCUCGCAGUGUGGAAGAAAGGAAGGAAGGCUAAAACCCUAGCGAGCGCGCGAGCGAGCGAGGGCUCUCUGCUUCCUUGCGAUGACGGCGCCGGCGGACAAGGGGAAGAAGGCCAAGACCGACGCCGACGGCGGCGCCGCCGAGGAGAACGAGCAGAUCGACGGCGCCCUCGUCCUCUCCAUCGAGAAGCUCCAGGAGAUCCAGGACGAGCUCGAGAAGGUCAAUGAGGAAGCUAGUGACAAGGUUUUGGAGGUCGAGCAGAAAUACAGUGAGAUUCGCAGACCUGUCUAUCUCCGAAGGAGUGACGUUAUCCAAACAAUCCCCGACUUCUGGCUGACAGCGUUUCUGAGUCAUCCUCUACUUAGUGAGCUUUUGACCGAAGAGGAUCAAAAGAUGUUCAAGUACCUGGAGUCUGUCGACGUGGAUGAUUCUAAAGAUGUCAAGUCAGGCUACUCCAUAACUCUUACCUUCUCCGAGAACCCGUACUUUGAAGACAAAGAGCUCACGAAGACAUAUGCCUUCGCUGAUGACGGAACAACCACAAUAAAUGCUACUAGCAUUAAGUGGAAAGAAGGAAUGGAAAUUGCAAAUGGGAAUGCCAAGAAGAAAGGGAGCAAGCGACCAUUGGUUGAGGAAAGUUUCUUCACCUGGUUUACUGAUACAGAGCACAAGAGUCUUGCUGAUGGUGUGCAAGAUGAGGUGGCUGAGAUCAUCAAGGAAGACCUGUGGCCCAAUCCAUUGAAGUAUUUCAAUAAUGAGGCUGAAGAGUUAGGAGAGGAUGACGACGAAGAGGGGUCUGAUGCUGAUGAGGGUGAAGAGGAUGAGGAGGAGGAGAACUGAGUCUAGGAUGUCAGAUUGCGAUGGUGCCGAUCGUCUGCAUUUUGUGGAUGCUGUCACUCUGAAGGGCGAAGUUGCGUGACCCUCGGUUGCUUCUUUCUUUUUUCUUUUUGAUGACUUAGCUGGAACCCUUAGGAACUGUUUAAUGCCUUAUGGAGUCCGUCGUAUUUUCGACUCAAAGGAGACACCUCUAUAUCAUAAUCUGCGUAUAACCAUGGAAGACAUUUUAACCUGCUGAUGUGUGGUUCAUUGCGCUGCCUCUGGUGCUGUAGGGUGUUCGUUCCUUUGUGCUCUCUGUCUUUUUUUUUUUUUUUUGUGUGUGUGUGGUCGCGCUGGCAUUGUUGCCAGUCUGAUGGGCUGUUAUUUCUCCCCCUAGAAAGAGUGAAAAACCUGGCUUGUGAUCAUUGUUUACGAAACCGUGCGGGUAUCUCAUGGUUAUCUCGGUUAUUACAUACUGUAAUUUUCUCAA